AUGGGAACAAAGAGGUGGGGUAGCAUUUCCUGCCUUAAAGCAAUUUUCAAGGGAGUGUCCCUGAAUGUUGCAAUAAGAACAAUAGGGUCGGGUGGAUUUCUAGGUGGUAGAGGGGGAAGAGGCCUGUGGGAUAUUCUCCAAUACAUAACACACAUCCACCACGAAUACGAACAGCUCAAUGAUUCCAACGACACUCUCCACACUACCAACCCCAACGACCUCGACCACAAAUCCUUCUUCUUCGACCCUGAAGAGAUCUCCUCCCUCCGCAACCACCUUCCUCCCCGCCUCAAAAACAGUUCCACAUUCGAAAUAACAAUAGGAAGUGGAAUUCCUCUUCCUCAGGGCUAUUACGGGAAUGCGUUUGGAUACCCCACCGCAUGUGCGAAGGCGGGGAGUUUGUGUGGCAGUGGACUGGGGUAUGCAAUGGAGUUGGUGAAGAGGGCAAAGGCGCAGAUGAGCGGAGAGUAUUUGAGGUCAGUGGCGGAUUUGAUGGUGAUGAAGGGGCGGCCCCGGUACACAAAUGUGGAGAACUUCAUCGUUUCGAAUCUGGUGAAUUCGGGGCUUGCAGAGGUUGACUUUGGAUGGGGGAAACCGGUGUAUGGUGGGACGGCGGGAGCUAUGUCGUUGAUUAGUUUUUGCAUGAAGUUUCAAAGAAUGGAUGGGAAGAAUGGGAUUCUGAUUUCGGUAAGCUCUCCGAAAUCAAGUAUGGUGAGGUUUCAAAAAGAGGUGAAGAAGAUGAUCGCUCAAGGAGCAUCAAUGGAGGAUUUGUCUAAAAUGAAACAGAGUGAGAAGUUAUUAUGCAAGCUUUAA